AUGUUAAUUCUACCACUUGCCCGCGUCGCCAGCCGGCCGGGCUUUCGCGCAUCUGGUUUGCGCCCACAUCCACUACACCAAGGCAUUCGCGUCUUCACCUCGUCUCCCCUGCAUAGAAAAGAUGCGCAUGGCCAGCGGCCCAAGCCAGGGUCCAAGCCGACCCUCGAGGCCACCAAAGCAGCUGCUGAUGCGCAAGCCUCUAAGAUGGCAAAGGCGGACCCAUUGCUGCAAGAGCAGCUUCUCACCAACAAGCAGCAGCGCAAGGCUGACUGGGCCAUUAUGAAAGAGAUGUCGCAGUACCUAUGGCCCAAGGAUAAUCUGGGCACGCGCUUCAGAGUGGGAUUGAGUGUGGGCUUGCUGAUAGGCGCAAAGCUUCUCAACGUACAGGUUCCCUUCUACUUCAAGAGCAUUGUAGAUGCCAUGAACAUAGACUUUGCCGCUGUUGGGGGCACUGCGACGACAGUAGCGGGCUCUAUGAUCAUCGCUUACGGUAUGACGCGCAUUGGCGCAACGGUUUCUCAAGAACUUCGCAAUGCCGUCUUUGCGAGCGUCGCCCAAAAGGCUAUACGCAAGGUCGCCUGCAGCGUCUACGAACAUUUGCUGAGGUUGGACCUGAGCUUCCAUCUUUCAAGGCAGACAGGAGGCUUGACCAGGGCCAUUGAUCGUGGAACCAAGGGCAUCAGCUUCUUGCUGACAGCCAUGGUCUUCCACAUCUUCCCCACAGCACUAGAAAUUUCCCUCGUCUGUGGUAUUUUGACAUACCAAUAUGGUUGGCAAUUUGCUCUCAUCACCGGCACCACCAUGACCGCCUACUCCGUCUUCACCAUCAUGACCACCUCCUGGCGCACAAAAUUCAGGAAGCAAGCCAACGCCGCCGAUAAUAAAGCCGCAACCGUUGCUGUCGACUCCAUGAUCAACUACGAAGCAGUCAAGUACUUCAACAACGAAAAGUACGAAGUAUCCCGCUACGACAAUGCCCUCAAAGACUACGAAAAGGCCUCCAUCAAAGUCGCCACCUCGCUCGCCUUCCUCAACUCGGGUCAAAACAUCAUCUUCUCCUCCGCGCUAACCGCCAUGAUGUACUUGGCCGCCAACGGCGUCGCAACCGGUAACCUCACCGUCGGCGACCUCGUCAUGGUCAAUCAACUCGUCUUCCAACUGAGCGUGCCCCUCAACUUCCUCGGCUCCAUGUACCGCGAAUUGCGCCAGUCCCUCCUCGACAUGGAAACCCUCUUCAACCUCCAAAAAGUAAACGUUGCCGUAAAGGAUAAACCAAAUGCGCCACCCCUGGCCCUCAAGACAGGAGAAAUCAAGUUCGAAAACGUAACCUUUGGAUACCGCCCCGACCGCCCCAUUCUCAAGAACCUAAAUCUCACUAUCCCUGCUGGCAAAAAAGUUGCAAUUGUUGGUCCUAGCGGCUGUGGCAAAUCUACCAUCCUUCGCCUAUUGUUCAGAUACUAUGAUGCGCAGGAAGGUCGCAUUUUGAUCGACGGCCAGGAUAUUCGCAAUGUGCAGCUUGAUAGCUUGCGCAGGGCUAUUGGUGUCGUUCCUCAGGAUACACCAUUGUUCAAUAACACGAUUCAGCACAACAUCCAUUACGGUAACUUAGAUGCUACACAAGACCAAGUGAUUGAAGCGGCAAGGCGCGCGAGGAUCGAUGAGAGUAUUGCACGCUUUCCCGAUGGCUACGACACCAUGGUUGGUGAGCGGGGCAUGAUGAUUUCAGGUGGUGAGAAGCAGAGGUUGGCAGUUGCGAGGUUGAUAUUGAAGGACCCACCGUUUUUAUUCUUUGAUGAAGCGACUUCGGCUUUGGAUACGCAUACAGAGCAGGCGCUACUCUCGCACAUCAACUCCCUUGUCAAGGAGAAGAAACGCACCUCCGUCUUCGUUGCGCAUCGACUCCGUACCAUUUAUGACUCUGAUAUUAUCAUUGUGUUGCGUGAGGGUACUGUGGCUGAGAGCGGAACCCAUCAGAAUCUUAUUGAUCGUGAUGGCUUGUAUAGUGAGCUUUGGAGUGCGCAAGAAACAAUGUUUGUCGAGAAGGAAGGUGAGGACGAGGUUAUGGUCGAGAAAAAGUAG